AUGACGACGUCCGGUGACCGCUGUAGCCUUUCCGAUCGAGUCACCUUCACAUCCCGAGGGUCCAACACCAAUGGUACGUUAAUUACGACUGUUCAGACCAAUAAAAAUUCAACAAAUAGUCUUCGUUUCUCUUGGUUCACCCUGGCGUUUCCUUGUUACGAUGGCAUUUAUCUCCCAAAGCAAGAAAAUCAGUUUUUGCAUCAUGUUUUGGAUGAUCUGGAAACAUACCAACAGAAAAGAAGCCUUAAAAACGUGCUUCUGUUCCCGCCAUUACCCAGCAGACUGCGAUACUUGAUUCACAGGACAAUAGAAGACAUACCAGAUCUCACCACCUUCUCUGUAGGGGAGAGCUGGUGCCGGAGGGUGGUGGUCUGCCCUUCUGAGCUCAGGGCUGAGUCAGAGGAAGACAGUGAUGUAGAGACCAGCAGCUGCCUUUCUGAAGAGCCCCGUGGCAGCAGGGCGGUGAAGGAACCCGACGUCAAGGCGAAGCCUUCGGCCCCGUCACAUAGCCGAAUACCUAAAAGGCCGGACCAGCCCCUGUACCUGCCACGAGCCGUUCGGAAGAGGCUGUCUCUGCAGGAUUCGCAGGGCUCGGCUGCAGACGAAGACACAAAAAGUUCUGCUCAGUGUUGCAGAGGCUCUCCUUCAGAGUCUUGUUCUUGCCCCAAGGCCACAGAACAAAAAGUUUGCUCGGCCUCCUCUGCACAGGAAGCCUGUGCCGCUGACGGUGUAACUGGUGUGCCUGAGAGCGGCUCACAGCUUUGUUCCCAGGAACAGACUCAAAAGUCGGCGCGAGGGCUGGAUGAAAGCGAGACUGUCGUCUGGGACCAGUCUCUGUCGUUCGCAGAGAUGAGGUUGGAGGAAGCAGAGGGAGAAAACCUCAACGAUGUUCAGGCUGAGGAUACAAGCACAGAUACAGACGAUGUAACUGAACAGAUUAAGAUACAUCUUAAAGAGACAGGCGUCUCUGUUGAGCUUGUUCACAAUGACUACGCAAUCUAUGAGAACGUGUUUCUUAACUCGGAUGACUUCAGCCAUGUCAUUGAGAUUUAUGACUUUCCAUCUGUUUUCAAGACUGACGACCUCCUGGAUGCUUUCACAGAAUACAGUGACGGCGGAAUGAAGAUCAAGUGGGUGGACAACACACACGCUCUGGGUGUUUUCUCCUGCAAGGCGGCAGCGCACCAUGCCCUCUCCAUCUGCCACCCGCUGCUGAAGACUCGAGCCCUCUCUGAGGGGAGUAAAAAAGCCCAGGGCAAGGCAGUCAGAAGGGCAGAAUUUCUCCAGCCGGUGAAGGAGCGACCCAGGACAAACUGCGCAGUGGCCAAACGGAUGGUGACCAGAGCUUUAGGCAUACCGGGACGAGGCAGACUGUACAGAUAUGAAGCUGAACCCUGAGCACAACGAUGAUCCAGCACUGCUCCAAGGAUGCGGCGUCACACAGCUCCCUCUAGUGGUUGUCAGAAGAUUUCCUA